UGGUAAUUGCACCCGCUAAAUGUCAAAAGUAGUGUUUGUUGUUAUCACUAGAUGUCAGUGUUUCAAGUAAAACAUGGCGGCGAAGUCAAAAAGUGAAGAGUCAAGAAAUAAAUUAGAACAAAGGACAAAAAAUGCGAACGAACAAGAGCAAUUUGCUUUCAAAAUAAUUGAUAUAUUUAUGGUUAUUUUAUCAAUUGGAACAUUUCUAGUGGACCUAUCAACAGACGUGGUGCUGGUGGUGAACUACUUCCGCUAUGGCCACCUGUACUGGGCGGCCGGCACGCUGGUGCUGGUUGUGGUGCCGGCACUUGUCGUGCAGGUGUUCAGCAUGCGCUGGCACAUUGCUGACGAGAACGCCAAGCUCUCCCAUUGGGUCACCCACGUCCUUCUGCUCGGGAUCUUGCACAGGCAGGUGUUGGUGCUGAAGACUGGCCUGGAGGCACGGUCAUCUGGCGACCCGACCGACUUCCAGCGACUGUACCACCAGCAGAACGACAUCUGCAUGCUGCACCUCUUUGAGUCGUUCCUGGAGUCUGCACCCCAGCUGGUGCUGCAGCUCUACAUAAUGGUGUCGCUCGAGGACUGGCGCUCCCUAACAGGUAACAGGGAUGCAACCUCGAAACCCUUCUGUUCAAUUAACAUUUUCAAAAGGGGGCGUUCAAGUAUUACGUAACGCAAUAUUUGACUAUUUUUGACCCUCCCUCUCAUCUAUGUAACACGCCGUAACAUUUUUCUGUACCCCCCUCCCCCUCCUUAAACGUUACGUAACACCCAAGUGACCAUUUUUUUUUUACCUAAAACUCAUAAUUAUGUUGCGCAAAGUACCGGAAAUUUGCUAAAGUACCUUUGUUAUUGUUUUAAUCAUGUUUGCGGUAAUAAUAAAUAAAACAAGCGAUUUAUAACUCACAAUAAAUGUGUAUAUUGUUUAUUUUGUUUAUUUAUAUUUUUAAUUUAAUAAACAAUCACACAUAAUGUAAUAAACAUUUUCUUAAGUUUAAAAUAUGUUAAAAUGGGCUCAAAUUUGUCCUGAUAAACUUUUAUUACGAAUCUUAUAUUUAAUUACGCUGUUUUCUUGACUAGGCCCUGUCCUUUACCUGACUAGGCCCUGUCCUUACAGACAUUUUUGCCUAGUUUUUUUAAUUACUAAAUAAAAAAAAAAUGUUACGUAACACAUUGUUCGAACCACCCUCCCGGCCUUGUAACGCAUCGUAACAUUUUACAAGACCCCCUUCCCCCCAAAUUGCGUUACGUAAUACUUUAACGCCCCCAAAGCCCUAGGGUCCUGUGCCAUUAAUGCUAAUGCUUAAUGAUCCUAACUCCACUACACGAGUUGUUCAAGAGCACCAAGUCAGCACCAAGUGCUUUGGCAUUCAAUGUAAUCUUGGUAACCUCAUAACCUGAUUGCAGACAGUCAGCAGUAGGUAUGUAAAUGUUUACACCAAGUGAUGAUUUGCGUACUGACUUCUCCAAAAGUUGGUUCCUAAAGUGAUCCAAGUAGCUGAAAUAUAUUACAUAUAUCAAAUUCAUAAUCAUAAAGAUUUCUAAUGCUUUCAGUCCAUGUCAAGUGACAAUUUUAUUAAAAUAUAUUAUUAACUAGCAGUUGUCUACACUAUUAAAAAAGGCUAAGAGGCAUAUUUCUUCAUUCAAAACCAUGCCUAUGAAUUUAACUUACUGUCUUCUAGUCUCUCUUUGUUAUUCCUGCAUUCUUUACACUUUAUUGUACUUUUAUGAUCACACUAUUUUAAAAAUCUUGGACUUUUUUUUUUGCAUUCACCGACAAUGAUAGAUAAUUAAAUUUAUGCUGUUAAACUGGUUAGCAAAAUUUUCUCAUGCAAUGAAAGAAUCAGGGGAAUAAUUUAUUGGUAAAGCAUUUACCUUAUGAUGCGUAAAGCAUAAAAGAAAUAAGAGGAGAUGUACCUAUUUGGAGCUAAAACAUUUGAUUUAAAAAGCUCUCUUUUUUUGGCUUUGAGUAACAGCGUAAGCAAAUUUACACAGUUAAAGGUCCGAUUCGUCAUGUUCUGGACCACAGGCAUGCUGGAUUAUUAAAUAUGAAUGUAGUUCAUUGGUAAUACCAAA